AAAGCAUCAUCAGUUUCUUCUCCUUCUCCGAGCUCUCGCAUCACUUUCAUCGAUUCUUUCUCUCUCUGCGUCGAUCCUUCAGCCUUCGGCGUCGGAGUUUCCGACAGGAAUCUACAAAUGUCACGUGGAAGAGGAGUUCCUAUGAAGGACAUGAAACGAAGUUAUGAUGUUGAAGGCGGGGUGGUCUCUAUGCCAUCCAUAAUCGAAGAUGAUGAUGCUGAUCUAUGGCCACUACCUGAGAUUGAUACCAAAAAGUCGAAAUUCCCUUGCUGUAUUGUUUGGACUCCUCUUCCUGUUGUCUCUUGGUUGGCUCCCUUCAUUGGUCAUAUAGGACUUUGCAGAGAAGAUGGAGUCAUUUUGGACUUUGCUGGAUCUAACUUCAUCAAUGUUGAUGAUUUUGCAUUUGGUCCUCCUGCUCGGUAUCUCCAACUCGAUAGAACCAAGUGUUGCUUACCACCAAAUUUUGGUGGGCAUACUUGCAAGUAUGGAUUCACACACACCGAUUUUGGAACCGCGCGUACAUGGGAUAAUGCACUGAGCUCGAGCACACGCAGCUUUGAGCAUAAAACCUACAAUCUCUUCACCUGUAACUGCCAUUCGUUUGUUGCUAACUGUCUCAACCGUCUUUGCUAUGGUGGCUCAAUGGAGUGGAAUAUGGUGAAUGUUGCUAUUUUACUCAUGAUCAAAGGGAAAUGGAUCAGUCUUUCAUCAGUAGUCCGGUCAUUUCUGCCAUGUGCUUUGGUCACAUCUUUGGGGGUAGCGUUUGUCGGCUGGCCAUUCCUGAUCGGUCUCUCCUCGUUCUCAGUACUACUCUUUGCCUGGUUCAUAAUUGCUACUUACUGUUUUAAGAACAUUAUUACUUAAGCAGUAAGAGAGAAAUAUAAAUAUAAUGUACUACCAAAAUUAUGUUAAUCUUAAGAAUUGUUCUCUUUUCCUUUUGGCACCAUCUAGCUUUCAACUCCAUUAAACGAGCCCUUAUUUUCUUCUCCAUAGAUUAUUCACAGGUGAUGUGUGAUAUAAUCAAUGGGUUUCGAGGCU